AGAUGAGGUUGCUAAGCAAUUCUGAGCGCUGACAAUGUCCGCACUGACCUGAGGACCGCAGUGGCUGCCCAGCAUUGCAGAAACAUUGCGACAUCAGUGAUCCUGAGUGUGGCACUCUCAGGGGAGAAAGCGCUGCAAGACAGACACGCACCCCACCCCUGCCCUAUGGAGGAACACCGCCCGGAGCUGGCAGCCCUGGCUAGUGUGGCGGGGUCUUAACUUGACAUUGAACUAGACGGAGGUGUUGAGUCUGUCAGCUCGUCUCAGCGUCUCAUCUUCUCAGAUCCACUGCAUUCCUUUUGUAUCAGAGAAUAGCUUCCUUUCAAUGCACAGCCAUUCUCCUCAUCUUACCAGACAUGAGAAGUUAGAGCAGAUUGCUUGAGGGCCUGGGCAAGGACCUGCAGGCCGACUUCAGUAAUGGUAUGAAGUCCAGCAAGUGACACAUGAAGAAGAGAUGGCACGAAAAUGAAGCGGAAGCUGCUUGUGUUCGUCACAGGGCUUAUGGCCGUGUCUGUGACUCUUCUCCGGCUGUAUACCAACAGUUUAGUCUCUUGAGAAUACCUGAGCCUGGAGGAAAUCUCAAAUGCUUCAGUCCUUGCAGAAGCCUGUGACAGGAUCAUGACAGGAAAGAAAAUUCUCUGGCGUGCGAAUAUGCAGAUGACACCACUGAGACAUAUAACUUGCCAACAGUACUUGAUGCGCAACCACUACAUAAUGCAACCUCUGUCCAGAGAGGAAGCCGAGUUCCCUUUGGCCUACGUCAUGGUCAUGCACAAGGGCUUUGACACAUUCGAAAGGCUCUUCGGGGCCAUUUACACGCUCCUGACCAUCUACUGUGUUCAUGUGGAUAAGAAGGUGCCAGCCGCUCUCAAACAUCUCGUGGGAAAGCUACUGGACUGCUUUGCAAAUGCCUUUAUGGCUUCAAAGAGGGAGUCUGUGGUCUACGCAGGCAUCUCCAGGCUGCAGGCCGACCUGAACUGGCUGCAGGACCUCGUGGCCUCCCAUGUCCCCUGGAAGUACACCAUCAACACCUGUGGGCAGGACUUCCCCUUGAAAACGAACAGGGAAAUCAUUCAGUACCUGAAAGGGUUCAAAGAGAAGAACAUCACCCCCGGGGGGCUGCCCCCUCCUCCUGUUAUCAGAAGGACCAAAUACACGCACCUGGAGCAGAAUUACCAUGGUGUUUGUGUGUGUGUGUGUGUGUGUGUGUGUUUUGACAGGCAGAGUGGAUAGUGAGAGAGACAGAGAGAAAGGUCUUCCUUUUGCUGUUGGUUCACCCUCCAAGGGCCACCAUGGCUGGCACACUGCAGCCGGCGCACCGCGCUGAUCCGAUGGCAGGAGCCAGGUACUUAUCCUGGUCUCCCAUGGGGUGCAGGGCCCAAGCACUUGGGCCAUCCUCCACUGCACUCCCUGGCCACAGCAGAGAGCUGGCCUGGAAGAGGGGCAACCGGGACAGAAUCCGGCACCCCGCCCGGGACUAGAACCCGGUGUGCCGGCGCCGCAAGGUGGAGGAUUAGCCUAGUGAGCAGCGGCGCCGGCCACCAUUGGUUUUCCUUCAUGGUGUGGACUUGGAGGAGGAAGGCACCUGCUCCUCAUAACCUGACCAUUUACUUUGGAUCCGCCUAUGUGGCUCUUACAAGGGAAUUUGCUAACUUUGUUCUUCAAAACCCGAGGACCAUCGAUUUAUUCGAGUGGUCCAAGGACACCUACUCUCCUGAUGAGCAUUUCUGGGUCACGCUCAACUCAAUUCCAGUAUGUGGAACUCGAUUUCCAUUCAACAUAAAGUCUACAGCGUGUGCAUGUGUGCGUGUGUGUGUGUGUGUGUGUGUGAUACUGGCAAUGUCCUUGGCGGUGUUGUGUGCGUUCACCAGUUUCCAGGCUGUGUGGACAUCCUGUAGACCAUUUGGCAUAUCUGUUUCAGGGAAGUCGUGCAAAAUGAAUUCUGCUUCUGGCGCGUCACUGAACACUCUGUGUGCUUGCAGACUGUGCACGUUCAAUGUCUCCUGACAUUGAUGUCACACGUUUUCAUCAGUCACCCAAAGCGGUUUUGUAAACAGUAGUCGAAUGUGGUUUCAGAAUCCAGUAUCUUAGAAGCGGAUUUUACCCCUCUGAUCCCUGUGCCGCACAACGGCUUUGUGGUGAGUGGUGAACGGACACCUUCUGUAGGCCAGGCUGGCAUGAAUCUUGAAGAACCUCCUUUUUGUGCAAAAUUUGGAACCAGUUAUUGGCGGGUAGAAAAUUUAGAAGCUUUUCUUCUCAUUGCAACAUUCAGUCUCAUUGCAGAAAAUCCAGGAAGUAUGAAAAAGCAUGAACAAGACAGUAAAACUGUUUUGUUGAGACAUAAUUGCUGUUAACAGCUCUGCAUUAUUUUUCUCUGUGCAUUUGUGUGCAGCUCAGUUACACUGAUUAUGUCAUUUCAGAUCCUGCUACUUUCAGUCUGCAAUAGGCAGUCAUUUCCCUGUUAUUGGAAAUAUAAAACAAUUUUUGCAUUCUUUCUCAUAGAAAAUGUACCACAAUUUGCUUACCAAUUCCUCCAUGGCUGAGUGUUCCUCCUAGUUGCUUUUACCAUGUAAAAUGUUAUUGUCAUCAGUGGUGAAUAAUAGAAAAAUAAGUAAUGUCUUUUCUCUUAAGCCAUAAAGCUUUACCACACUUUAGUGUAUUGCCUUUGGAAUUAAAACCUGCUGGAUUGAGAGAGAUGAAUAUUUUGAGUUCCUGGUAAAUAUAACAAAGUUGGCUCUAUGUUCUCAUUUUCCUCUAGUGUGAGUACAAGAGAGCUUUAUUUCACAACACCUCUGUUAACAGUCGGUAUUCUUUUCAAAAGCUACCUCAGUGAAAGAAAGAACAGCAUUAUUGCUUCUGCUUACGAGCCAUCCUAUUUUCUAAGUGUGCAUUCGCCGUUUUUCAUGUUCUUGGUGGGUU